AACAGACGGCACGGCAUGGCGCCAGCCCGUCGCCACCUCGUCCUUCCUGUGGCUUCACAUGGAUCUCGCCUUCCAGCGGAGCAGCCUCGUAGUAACGGGGAACUUCGAUCCUGGGCUGUGGCCCAGGACGGUGCCAUCAUUCUCUCUGCCAACUGGAGGCCGGCGCUGAACCUUGCUGCCCUGGACUGUGCUGACGAGACCAACAGCGCAGUCUGCAGAGACUUCAACAUCGCCGGCUUCCCGACCGUGAGGUUCUUCAAGGCCUUUUCCAAGAGUGGCCCGGGAGCGACCUUGGCAGUGGCUGGAGCUGACAUGCAGACGCUGCGGGAGAGGCUCAUUGACGCCCUGGAGACCCAUGGAGCCACGUGGCCCCCUGCCUGUCCUCCACUGGAGCCAACCGGGCUGGAGGAGAUCGAUGGGUUCUUUGCCAGAAACGACGAAGAGUGCCUGGCCCUGAUCUUUGAAAAGAAAGGCUCCUACCUGGGUAGAGAGGUGAUUCUGGACCUGUCCCAGCGCGAAGGCAUUGCGGUGCGCAGGGUCCUCAACACGGAGGGCGACGUGGUGAGCAAGUUUGGCGUCACCGACUUCCCGUCUUGCUACCUGCUGUUUCGGAACGGCUCUGCCUCCCGGGUUCCUGUGCUUAUGGAAUCCAGGUCCUUCUAUACCAAUUACCUGCAGAGGUUCGCUGGGGCCACCCGGGAGGCUGCCCGGACCACGGUUCCGCCAAUAACUGCGAAUACGGUCGCUCCCACCGCGUGGAAAGUUGCAGACCGCUCCAAGAUCUACAUGGCUGACCUGGAAUCCGCACUGCACUACAUCCUGCGGGUGGAAGUGGGCAAGUUUUCCCUCCUGGAGGGGCAGCGCCUGGUGGCCCUGAAAAAGUUUGUGGCAGUCCUGGCGCAGUACUUCCCCGGCCAGCCCUUGGUCCAGAACUUCCUGCACUCCGUCAACGACUGGCUCCAGAAGCAGCAGAGAAAGAAAAUUCCCUACGGUUUCUUUCAGACUGCCCUGGAAAACAGGAAGGAGGGCGUUGUGAUUGCCAAGAAGGUGAACUGGGUCGGCUGCCAGGGGAGCGAGCCCCAUUUUCGGGGCUUUCCCUGCUCCCUGUGGGUCCUCUUCCACUUCCUGACCGUGCAGGCAACACGGCAAAAUGUCGAUCGCUCUCAAGAAACAGCCAAGGCCCAGGAAGUCCUCCAGGCCAUCCGGGGCUACGUCCGCUUCUUCUUCGGCUGUCGAGACUGUGCUGGCCACUUUGAGAAGAUGGCUGCUGCCUCCAUGCACCGGGUGGGCAGUCGGGACAGCGCUGUUCUCUGGCUGUGGUCCAGCCACAACAAGGUCAAUGCUCGCCUCGCAGGUAAGGAAGGGCCACCUCCAAGGCCGGAGUCACCUGCGGAAGGAGGAUGAGGGGGGGACUUUGGAGUCCUAGACCAGAGUUAGGAGAUGGGACACUUGUCGUCCCCCAAGUAACAACACCCCUUGUGUCACAGCGCUUCACAGCGCUCAGAGCCUUUCACAUGUCCCAGUGGCUGGAGGGGUGAGACUAGACCCAUUUAUGUGUAUCAGUACCAUUACACCCAUUUUCCAGAUGAGGAAAUCAAGGCU